GAACAAAACGCCCACGCGACAUCGCCACCCUCCGACGCCGCCACGCGAACAAGCAUGCAAGCAUCGCUUGUCGGAAAGAACGUCGGAGGAGGAGCAUCAGCCAGUGGAGAUCCUUACUAUGUCUUCAAGGAAGAGCUCGAGACCAAAGUGUCGUCCAUCUAUCACACGCACAAACGAUGGAAACUACUUAUGAACGACACGACGUCGUCGCCAACAAACAGGUUUCCAAAGACAACAGACGACUUGAAGAAAGAAGUGGCGUCGGCAGAGCGCUCCCUUGGUUUCCUCGAACAAAGCAUCCGUGCAAUCGAAAGCGACCGCACGAAGUAUGCGCAUAUUGACAGCGUCGAGCUGUCGGGUCGAAAGACUUUUGUGUCGUCCACACGCCAGGAACUGAUGAGAAUCUCGGUGGAAAUAUCGUCGGAUUUAGUCAAGGCUCGAAUCCAACGCGAUGAACGCAGGAUGUUGCGAUCGUCGUCAUCGCAGCAAAGCAACGGGGCACUUGCGUCACCAUCGCCCACGGUAGAUCGCAACUCCAUUCUCGUCGACGAAAAGACCCGACAGCAGCAAAUCGUGAAAGACCAAGACGAGAGCUUGGAUCAACUGCACACGUCCGUGAGUCGCCUAGGCCACGUCGCCGUCGAAAUCAACUCGGAGAUCAAAGGUCAAAACAGAAUGCUCGAAGACCUCGAAUUGGAUGUCGACGAUACGCAGGAGCGCAUGAACUUUGUCAUGUCUCGAAUGAGUCGGAUGCUUAAGACCAAAGAUACAUGCCAACUGAGCGGCAUUCUCGUGCUCACCGGAGUCUUGAUCGUGCUCAUCUUUCUCGUCAUAUACACAUGAAUGUCAAGCUAAUGCCCCCCCCAUUCGCAGCAUGCUUUCUGUAUCCUUUGGGAUAGCGCGAAAAUACAAGAAUCGUUCAGCUCUGGACGCGUGCUCGGGUUCAAACCAUGGCUUGACACAGUAUUCAUCAACCCAACUUAAGGCAUGUUGUGGAUAGCGACAUUGGUGUCGUCGCUGCUAUUGCUACGAGUGCCAUCAUCGCUUUCAGGAUCGGAAAUCUCCUCGUCGUCGUCGUGGUUGUUGGUGUGUCGGUAUGCGCCAAAUUGUAGUCUCUGUGUGGGUUUCAAGAGUCGGCGCACGAGAGCCACUAAUUCAUGAGAGUACAUGGACUCAAGCUGACCGCUUGAAGUGCUGGUGGUGCUGCGAGGACUGUCGGAGGAGCAACUGGAUGCGGAUGACGGACGUUGCGUCCCCGUCGAAGUCGCCCUCGUCAUUUCGUCCAGUUUACGCUGGUUCCCCUCUGCUCGAAUUCGAUGCAUGUGGCACAGAUUCAAGUAUGUGCCAUCAGUCUUUUGAGCGCGGAUGUGUGGGCACUUCCCCGACGAGAACCUGCAUAACAGCCCCGCUGCCAUGUCGGCCGCUGACCCAAUGAUGUCAUGAUCAGUGACAUACAUGUUCCCCAUAACUUCACUCGCCAACGUCGCAUCCACGGACAUGGGGGAUAACAUUUGUUGUUGAGGUGCCUUGGCAAAGGACAUGGGGAUGUUGACGUUCUUGGCUCGGCGGAACGCUUCAAUUAGGAGUAAACGCUCGUUUUUCUCCUGGGUCAGCUUGUCUCGUCGCUUCAUCAAGUUCAUACGAAUCUGCUCCAUCGAAAUUGCGCGCUGAACGGAGGGUGCGCGCUCGUCUUUGCUCAACGGGCUGUCAUGCACAAACGACUUGUGUCGCUUCAACGGGGGACGUGCUGUGGACGGUCUUGCGGCAUCGCGGUUGUCUCUGGCAGGAUGCUCCCGUGCCUUGCUAAAGUCGAUCAAUGCCAUAGCAAUGGACGAGCGAGUUGGGGACGUCGUCAUCGCGGCGGUGGUUGGGAAAUGC